AUAAAAAGUAAUUAUAGAAGUUGAAUCGUUAGAACACCUCAAAGACAUAUUUUACAAUAAAUAAUACAUGGAAAAGGCAUAAUAACGAUGAUAUGCCCUAUUAGCGGAACUUUUCAGACGUUAAAAUAACUGAUGACGACACAUCGGGGCUUUAUUGGCACGCGUAGAUUCCACCAUUUUUUUUGUUCCGGUAAAUCGCUCCAGCUUUUGCCGCAUUUUAAUUAUAUAUCUUCUUUCAUCGGAAAAAGUACGUGCAAGUUUUGGUGAAAUUUCAAGAUGACUGACUCCAGCGAACAACAAAUCAGUCUGGAAGCCGAUGUGCUCGAGGGAUCCUCUGAAGGAUUGCAAAUAACUUAUCAAACUGAGGAUGGACAAACUGUGACUACACUUGCGUCAAGCGCAGAUGCAGCUGAUAUUGUAUCGAAGGCAUUCACAACUGUUGCUGAUGGGUCUGAUGCUAAUGUGGAAUAUAUUACAAUGACCCCAGAAGAAGCUGCCGCUGCUGGUGUCGUUGAUGCACCAGAGGAAGAGCAACAGGUAGUCACUACAUCUUUACAAUUUGAUCCUGCGAAUCCAUCAGUCUUAUAUACUGCUGAUGGAACACCAAUUAAUCAGGCAGAUUUGACACCAGAGGAACAAGCAUUAGUACAAGCAGCAUUGCAACAACAUCUUGCUGAGCAAGAGGCCGAACAACAACUAGCUGUGAUGCAGGAGGGCCAAGCAGCUCCAAAUGAUGGUGCAGCAGUCUUAGAGCAAACACCUAUGGAAACUGAAACUGAAGGCAAUGUUGUAACAUCAACUUCAUCAAUGCAACAGGAUGAGCAAAAGAGUGUUGAGCCAUCUACUUCUAAUGUACAAUCUACGGAUUCAGUUUUAUCUGGCGCUGUGACAACAGUUGAAGUGUGCAUAUCUCGAUCAAAUAUGAAGGGAAAUCGACCCCAAGUCAAGCUUGAUACCGAAGAAUCAAGACCGCAAGUCGAGCUUGAUGCUGAGGAAUCUAGACCUCAAGCCGAGCUUGAUGCUGAGGAAUGUAGACCUCAAGCAGAGGCAGAAAAAUCCAGACUGCAAACAGAGCUUGAUGCUGAAGAAUCUAGGCAGCAAGCUGAUCUUGAUACUGAAGAAUCCUUUCUUAGUAGUAUUUUGGAUGAGUCUGACGUGGAUGACGGGACUUUUGAUGAUGAUAAUAGUGAUGUUUCAACAUCAGCUGAUGAAUGGGAUUCAGACAUGGAAUCUGAUGAAUCUUCCUCAGGGGAAGACGUCUCUCCGGCAUUGACAAGCACACCACAAAGUAAGCGUUUAAAGGCGAAAAAGUUGCAUGAUUUUGAAUCGCAGGAAAUAUCAUCAACUGUUGAAUACUCUCGGGAAACAACACCAAACAAGCGGUUACGUCGCCAAGUUGACGACUCUCAAGCGGCAACUCCAAGCAAGCGAUCACACCUGCAAGUAAGGGUAUCUCUGAAACCUGAAUUCAAAUGGGAAAAAGUUUCUCCCAAAAGAAAAAUACGCAAAUUUGGUGGAGCAGCAGGGGUCACAAGUCGUGGCAUUUCUGCAUCUUCAACGCCUUUGGAUUGCUUUCUACAGUUUUUCACUGUUCAAGUAUUCAACCUUAUAGUGGAGAUGACAAACUUGAACGCAGAAAGAAAACUCCAAGACAUCAAUGCUUCUCGCACCAAACCUAUUGUGUUUGAGCCCACGACAUUAGAGGAGAUGAAGGCAUAUUUAGGCCUUAUGAUAGCUAUGGGAAUCGUAAAGAUGCCUGUUGUUAGUAUGUAUUGGCAGACAAAGUAUUGGAUUCUCAAUGUACCGUCAUUCAGCAAGAUUAUGCCAAGGGAUCGGUUUCAAGAUCUCACCAAAUUCCUGCACUUUUGCGAUGAAUCCGAUGCCAGGCCACAUGAUGAUCCGAUGAGAGACAGACUUUUCAAAUUGAAGCCACUUUUGAAUCUUCUUGAACAAAGACUGAUGUCUGUAUAUAAACCUCACCGGGAAAUUUCAAUCGACGAGUCUCUGAUAUCUUUCAAAGGCAGAAUUUGCUUCCGCGAAUAUAUUAAAACCAAAAGAGCUCGUGUCGGAAUAAAGGUUUGGGUCUUGGCUGAGUCUAAAACUGGUUAUGUUUCCCGCCUCCAAAUAUAUACAGGGAAAGACCCCAGUGCUUCCUCUGAGAUUGGACAAGCAUCAAGAGUCAUCAAUGAUCUAAUCGCUCCUUUUGAAAACCUAAAUCACCAUCUGUAUGUAGACAACUUCUAUACAAGCCCCGAUCUGUUUGCUUCCCUGCUAGAACGAGGAGUAUAUGCAUGUGGAACGAUGAGGCCCAAUCGAAAAGGGUUUCCAAAAGAUCUUUCAAUCAACGACUCAAACAAAAGAGGUUUCUCUGACUGGAGAGCAUCUGGUGAACUUCUAGCGCAGUCUUGGUUAGAUAAUAGGGCUGUCUAUUUCCUGUCAACAAUACAUUCACCGCAAUACCCCUCGAACUACACUGGUCGUAGGUUUGUGCAUAGGAAAGGUAAACGCAACAGUGCAUCUCCGUAUGUACAACUCAAAUGCCCACCUCUCCUCAAAGACUACAAUUCCUACAUGGGUGGUGUUGACCUUGCAGAUCAAAUGCGGAAAAGCCACAAUAUUACACGUAAGUCGAAGGCGUGGUAUCGACGGGUAUUUGUAUAUCUGCUGGAGGUAUGCAUACACAACGCAAGGGUUGUAUCUGAAGUGGCUCGUGGUCGACGGUGGAACGGUGGUCAGUUUCGGCAAGAGCUCCUGCACGAAUUGAUUGGCGACUUCAGGAUGACGAAGCGACCUUCUCGAAGAUCAGUAGCAUAUGCUGCAACUACACGAUUAACGCUUGCCCAUCAUUUACCUAAACUUUUUGAUAUUCCACGAAGCUGUGUGGUUUGUACCAAGAAGAAAAAAAUGGGCACACAUGUAGUGGCACGUCCGUCAAAUAGCAAAUUUAUGUGCACUGAAUGUGAUGUGCAUCUGUGUGUAACAAGUACUAGAACUUGUUUCGAAGACUAUCAUAGAAAGGUUGAAUAUUGGCGAUAAAAUCUUAUCAUUUAAGCUGAUUCUGUGUAUUUUCCAUUAUACCUCAUUUUGCAAUGGUGCACUUUGGUUUUCACCAAAGUAUACAAAUAGACAUUAAAUUGUUAUACAUACUAUUGUAAUGAACGUAUUUUGAGGGGUCAUCCAUGUUUAAACGAAGUACAAAGAAAGCAGUAGAGAAUUGGAAGGACUUUCAUGAGACCAGUGACAUAAGCAGCGCAAACACUGAUAAUAUUGAUAUCCACCGUUGGGUUUUCAUACAAAACGUCCCUUUGGCUCAUUUGAAUGAUGACAUAAUGUGCUAUUUAGCACAAUAGGUCUUUCACUUAGGACUCCAUUUUUCACUACAUCGCUCUCUAAAAUUGGAGAUUUUUUUUCAGCGAGAAAUAUACCAGUUUUUUCUCUUUAGUGUAAGCUUUCCGAAACCAAUAGUCUUUUCUCAAUGAUACCCAAGUGUUGUUCCUUUUCAGGGUUCUGAUUUUUGCAUGUUUGUUUUGAUAGGGCAGGCAUCUUUGCAUUUCUAAUCUUACAGAAGCAGAGAGGAAUUUUAGUCUUCUUGUAGAUUGAGAUAAUGGUUAGUCUAAAUUCCUGUCUGUAUCGAAAGUCGUCAGUAUUUUCAACAGGCAAUAAAAAAAGAAUUGAACAUGCCAAAGAUUGUGUGUUCGGAGAUAUUUCAACUUCUUGUCUGGACCGUAUUAAAAAAAUGGUUUCAAAUGCAAAAAAUAUUGCGAUUACGAGAUUCGAUGCUUAGGCAAGGGUUCUCAAACUCUUGGUGUCAAGAAGCACGCGACGAGGUUGACUUUUAUUUAUGGAACCGCACAAUUAAUUUAUAAAUAUAAAAUCAAAAAAAAGACAUUGUUAUUUACCAAUUAAUGUCCUUGAGUUAAUUGACAUUACUUUAUUUAAUUACUCUGAUGUUUUACUGCCUUUGUAUUUAAAAAAUAUUCAACAUUUUAAUAAGUAACCGAAUAGCUCGCGGCGCUCCUGAGUUUCUCUCACAGGGCUUCGUUUGAGCACUUUGAGAACCUAUGGCCUAGAUCAGUGGUCACCAAAGUGUGGGUCGCGACCCCCAGC